GUUUUUUUUUUUUUUUAAAAGUUAAUGACCAUCAGGGAGAUUUUCCAAAACACCUAAGGAAUUUAGAAGCAUAAAGUCCUAAUGACUUUAUUGACUAGUUCUUUUCUCACCUGGAUUUUCUUUCCCACUUGGUUGCUGUGAUCCCACUGGUGGUGCCAGCCCUCUUGUUUCCUCUCCUCCUGUCGUGUUCUAGCAACCUUAAGUAAGCUCCUCAUCUUCAGCUUUGCCAUACAGAACAAGUUGGAAAAGAGAGGUUACUUACUUUACAGUAACGAGUUCUUCAAGAUGUAUGGUACUUCAGGGUAUUCACUGAGGAUGUGUAUGCACCUAAGAUUUGAAGAUUCUUCAUUAGAUUCUUCAUUCUUCAUUGAUAGUCUGUACCCGUGGCUCUGAAUUCAGAGCAUAAGGGGCGGUAAGGACCAACCAGCGCUCCAGUUCCUACUCCAGGAAGGAUCCUAAGCAGAGGGGGAGGAGAGAAAGUAAUGGAAUACCCAUAGGGACUACAUAUCUCAAAGAACUCAAGUUAUGGAAAUGCAUCAUUUUGAGGAGGAAUUAACUUGUUCCAUUUGCUAUAGUAUAUUUGAAGACCCACGGGUACUACCAUGUUCUCACACAUUUUGUAGAAAUUGUCUGGAAAGCAUUCUUCAGCUAUCAAGCAACUUUUCCAUAUGGAGACCACUAAGGCUUCCACUGAAGUGUCCCAAUUGCAGAAGUAUUGUUGAAAUUCCUCCAUCUGGUACUGAGUCAUUACCUAUCAACUUUGCAUUAAAGGCUAUCAUUGACAAAUAUCAGCAAGAAGACCACCCAGAUGUUUCAACAUGUAGUGAACAUUAUAGGCAGCCAUUAAACGUUUAUUGUCUUUUGGAUAGAAAAUUAGUGUGUGGCCAUUGUCUUACAAUAGGUAAACAUUAUGGUCAUCCCAUAGAUGACCUUCAGAGUGCCUACAUGAAAGAAAAGGAGACUCCUGGGAAACUCCUUGAGCAAUUAACUGAUGAACAUUGGACUAAUGUAUGUUUCCUUAUUGAAAAGUUGGAAGAACAGAAAUCUCAUUGUGAAAACAUUGUUCAAGAUGAUAAGAAAGCUGUAUUGCAAUAUUUUAAGAAACUUAAUGACACAUUGGAGCAUAAAAAGCAAGCUUUGCUAGCUGCUUUGGAUGAAGUUAAUGCUCACAUUUCUGAAGAAUAUGCACCACUCGUUGAAAACAUGAAAAGAAUCAGAGAAGAACAGCUUGAUUUAAUGUCAUUGAACUCAUCUGUUCAAGAAGAGGAGUCUCCACUUCUUUUCCUUGAGAAGGUUGAUGAUGUGCGCCAACGCAUAAAAGCUUUGAAACAAAAGCAACUACCAGAUAUCAAACCUGCUGAAGUUUAUCCACGAAUAGGACAGCUAUUGAAGGAUGUGUGGUCCAAAACUGAAAUUGGUCAGAUUAACAAGAUCCUCACUCCAAAAAUAAAGCUGAUUUCAAAAGGGAAGCCAGAAAGUAAUGGAAAUAAGCAGCCAGCAUAAAGAGGAAUCCAAUCAAUUAUAUUCAGAAGUGUGUUUCUAAAAAGUUACAUUUGAGGUAAGGCUAGCAGUGGGUAGAGACUUCUGUUUUGGAUGGGAAGCGGGGGUAUUUGGACCACUGCAUAUUAAGCAUGGUUCUGUAUUAAAGUAUACAAAUUCAUCUAAUCUUAAUAUAUGGAGGAUUUUCUUAAUUCCCAUUAAUACUAAGGGCCAGAUUUUUAAAGGCAUUUAGGCAUCUAAUGAUACAGAUAGGCAUCUAGUGGAAUUUUCAAAAGUACCUAGGCACCUAAUUUCAAUGACCUUAAGUGUCUGAUUGGAUCUCUUCUCUCAGAAUGUCUUGUAUAUUAGUUUCCUGAUGUUUUAAAUAUUUUACAAAUAUGUUUAUAAUGCAAUUUUACUUUUCCAGAUGACAUGGAUUAUUUAGAAAAUGUCAUUGUAACAUUUGACUUCAAAAAAAUUCAGAAUCUAUAUUUAUUCAUGUACUGGAUAUUUUAAUAAAUCUAUCUAAAAACAUAUUAUGUUGGGGAAGUGGGUACCUCUUAUUCUCUCACCCCAUAUAACCACCUUUAAUUCAACACCAAGCUGGAAUGGUGGGUUGAACUGAUGUCAUGAGAGACGGAAGAAGUUACUCACCUUGUACCUUGUUUUUCAAGAUGUAUCCCCCAUAGGUGCAUCACUGUAGGUGUGUCUGCGUCCCUGCACUACUGAUUGGAGAACUUCGGUAGCAGUGUCCAUGCAGCCCACGCAUGCAACCCUCCUCAGUUCUUUCUUGAUUGCCCCAGACUAGAGAGAGAGUUAUAGCUGUCUGUUCACUGAUUGAUUAGCAAUUCUAAAAGAAUUAACAGUUUUUAGCUUCCCUCAAAGAUUUUUCUUUGUUACUCUGUUUGUAUUUUAUUUGGCCCUGCUUAAAAAAAAAAAAAAAAAAAAGGGCUUGUUUCCUGCCAACCCCAGUGGGUGAGGAACCUCCCUGGACAAGGGUGUGUACGACUCCCAAGGAAUCCAUCCCAGUGACUGGCGGACACUUGCAGUGUGUUCACUGCCUGGGAGAGAAGCAUAUUCCAAAAAAGUGUAGCUUGUGUCAGCAACUGAAGCCCAGAUCCAGCAGACAGAGCUAAGACUCAAACUCCUACUCAUGAAGCCAGCCUUCAACCCCGGGUGUCCCAGUGGGAGCUCACACCACUCUCUACUUUGAGGGGAGGUGAGCCCAGAGAGAUGAUCCACUCUUAUAAGGCCUCUAAGAAAAGGUCAGUGAGUCCCCAUAGCGAGCCCCGAUUGAGCCAAAAAUGAUCUCUGGCUUGAUCAGUAUCAUCGAUACUGACAGUGCCAAAGCCAUCUAAAUCUGCUACAUGGGGCAUGCAUGGUAUCGAGUUGAUGGAGCAAGUCAUGGGCACCCCUCUCUUCUCACCCCAUAUAACCCCCUUUAACUCAAUACCAGGCUCGAAGCUGGGUUGAACCAAUGUUAUCAAAGCAAGUAGUUUGACAGUGCGGAUUACAGAUUCCAUCUAGCCUUUCUAAAUUCCCCAUUUUUCUCUGUAGAAUGAAUUGCAGGAAGAUGCUCCCACUCCUUUGUCUAGAAAAUGUUAAAGUACCUGAUAGACUAAAAUUUCUCUCUGGAGAGGCGUAUCAUACUUUAAUUAGGUCUGUUAGCAUUAGAGAUCCUGAGAAUAAAAAAACUGUCUUUGGCACCAGUUUUACUUCAGACUUUCCAGCUCAUGCGUCAGUAUAUCAUGCACUGCCAGCCCUACACCUGCUCAGUUCCUUCUUACUGCAUGUGAUGGUUAGUUGGAGCAUCUCUUCUCACUUUGAGCCUUAGGGCCUUGUAAAUAGUUGUUUUUAGUAGUUAGUGUUAAGUAUUUAAGUGUAGUUAGGAGUUAGAGUCCCAGUGGGGACUUUGUCCUCAGUCUCCAGGGUUUAAACCCUCCGCGGACUGAAACAGGCCUAUGCCUGUAAGUGACCUCCACAGCAGCUGCCUCAAGUACUCGGGGAAAUCAUGUGAAGGACAAGUGGUCGUAUUUGUAAAUAUUUUCGACCCAGGACUCGGAAAGAGUGGGAUAUUUGUUUGUGGGCUCUCCUCCUGGAGGCUGCCCUUCAUCUAGCUUCCGAGUCGUCCCUCCAAGACUUGGCUAGUACCUCAGCCUUGGUUCGGAGCGCAACCCCGGCACGGAGCUCAGCUGGCACCACUCCCUGUUUCUGGUGCCCAGAAAGAAAAUGAAGAGACACGGCUCCCCAGCACCAGGCAAGAAAGGCCAUGGAGCAUCGCACAAAGGAUCCAGUUUGUGCUGCCCUGCCACUCCAGAGCCACGUGGAUGGGCCUCCCUAGUCACGGCCGUUAGCCCCUUAAAGGAUCCACCACUGACUCCUGGGAAUGAUAGCGGACCCAAGCUUUGGACGGCAUCGAUGCCUUCCCAAGCUCCACCAGCACUGAGAGAGCAGAGGCCUCUGCCCAUGCCACCAGCACAACAGGAAGCAUCAAAGGCUCCCUAUGUGGGCAAACUAGCCACUAAGACCUAUGGGGGCAGUGGAGCACCACCAAUCUCCUGAGACAAGGCAGCAUUCUCCAUCUCCGUGCCACAGAUCUCCAGCGUCGCAGACCAUGUCCUCUGCUCGGCCUUGGUCACCGGCAUUGCGAUCAUGGUCCCCGCCAUCUCAACAUGGAUCAUCUUGGGGGAGGCACCAGUCUCCAUUCCACCGGCACCAUUCGCCCUCCCACCGGUCAUCCUCUCGUCACAGAUCUUGCUCGCCUGCCCCGUGGGAACAUUCCUCAUCGCAAUUCUGGUCCCCCUGGCCGAUCCUCCCACUCCAAACACCGGUCUCUAGUGGCGAUAGCCAGCGGGGAGACACAGCGGUGACGGCCCCACUGUAGUCACUGGAAGGGGAUUCCUCCAGCACAGAAGGGCAGUUCAGCCCCUUGCCAAGACCCCACCAGUUUGAAUGGGCACCUGAGGCACGCAUCGACAUCUAUAAUGUCGCCUUGGCAGCACAGCAAGUGGUCAGCGCUGUGGCCUUAUUGGAGUGUGUUGGGCAUGCCAGAGAUGAUGAUGCCUCCUUUACACCGCUCAUCUGCUGCUGCCUCAGUGCAUGAGAUGAGCUUGGAGGUUGAGGUAGAGGAGACAGCGCUCACCGCAAAACUCCCCUCCCCAACAGGGGAUAAUGCCCCGGAGCCUCCCUUGGCGAUAGUCAUCAUCCUCAUCCUCAGCUGAGGUGGUCGUGGGAUCCUCAAGGGCUAGCCCACGAGACAAUUUUCUGCUUCGAUGCGUGGCUGAGAACUUGAGCCUAGAGAUGGAGGAGCUGGCCAAGCAGGCAGACACGUGUUCAAUGUCUUCUCAGCCUCUACCCUGGCCUGUGUUGCACUACCAGUACAUGACAGGGUCCUGAAAAUUGCCUCUGGCAAACCCCAUCAUCCAUCCCUCCCCAGCUCCAAAAGGCUCGAAAAGAAGUACUUCAUCCUAGCCAAAGGGUUCAAGUACCUUUAUACCCACCCACCUCUAGGUUCACUGGUUGUCUCUGUGGCCAACAAAAA